CCGCUAUGGAGUCGGGACCGGGAGGCUGUUGCCGCCCGUCCGCGCUUCUCCUGGAGCCGCCAAGCUGGAGUAAGAGCAGUGUCCUACUGAACACCCUCCUGUGAUCAGAUCUUCCUCUGCUGCACCUUUGCUGUUGGAAGAAGGACACCGGCUUGAUUAAGAAUCUCGUCCUCUACAUGGAGCAGGAGGGCGCAGGGUAGGAGGGGCAGCAAGGACGUUUCAGGCCAGACCAGAACUUCACAACUGAAGAGCAUCUCCACUAAGACUAAUGGAUUUGAAGCGAGUGCUGUCCUUCCCACCAUACCCCGGGGAUUACCUGCAUCCAGUGGUGUAUGCGUGCACAGCAGUCAUGCUGCUCUGUCUGCUUGUCUCCAUCAUGACCUAUAUUGUCCACCACAGUGUGAUCCGCAUCAGCAGGAAUGGCUGGCACACACUCCUCAACUUCCUCUUUCACACGGGGCUGACAUUUGGAGUUUUUGCCACGGGCAUCAAUCAGAUCAACUUACCUUUCGUGUGUCAAAUUGUUGGCAUCGUACUCCACUAUGCUUCUUUGUCUACCAUGCUGUGGCUGACAUUUACUGCUAGAAAUAUCUGUAAAGAUGUGUCCAAAGACCCACUUCGGGCAAAAGACAAGAAUGGGACGGCCCAGACACGCACCAAACCAACGAUUCUCAGAUUUUAUCUUGUAAGCGAUGGAAUCCCUCUCAUUAUUGUUGGAGUUACAGCAGCAUGUGGUAUGGAUAACUAUGGUAGCAGGGAUGACGCAUUGUAUUGCUGGAUGGCAUGGGAACCAAGCCUGGGAGGUUUCUAUGCCCCUAUUAGUCUUCUGGUCUUAGUCAUGUCUGUGUACUUCUUGUGCACCUACAUCCAACUUAAACGCCACCCAGAGAGGAAGUACGAGCUGCGUGUUCUGAGUGAAGAGCAGCAGCAGUUAUCGUCCAGUGAAUCAAACCAUCACUGCCACAUCGACGCCGGAGGAGCUCCUGGGUCUGCUGGGGACUGUCUGCCAUUUGCAACAGGUGUGUCAGUGCUGGCCAAUGAGCACUCAUUUAAAUCUCAGCUCCGGGCCACAGCCUUCACCCUUUUUCUGUUCGUGGCUACCUGGGCUUUAGGAGCGUUGGCAGUAUCACUGGGACACUUCUUGGAUAUGAUAUUCAGCUGCCUGUAUGGGGCUUUUUGUGUCACUCUAGGACUCUUCCUUCUUAUCCAGCACUGUGCCAAACGUGAUGAUGUAUGGCACCGCUGGUGGGCUUGUUGCCCUUCCAAGUCCAAGACAAAGGAAGAGAAUGGGGACGGACAAAGUCAGAGGCAGGAGCUCCAUCAGCCACACUGCCAAUUGAGCUCCCCAUGCUCAAGCAAGCAGCCGCUACUCUCUCCUCACCUUGUGCAGAGUUCUUACCACAAAAUGAGCCCACCUCAGCAGAGCCUCACACCCAAUCACACGGGCCCAUGCUAUGUGGCCGUUACCACACCUCUCACUGAGCCACUGCCCUCACCACGUCCACUGUCGCUUUCUGAUGAGAUCCCUCGUCCUGCUCUGCCUCUACAGAGCUGCCUUAAUAACAGAACAAAGUCACGCUCCUUCAACCGCCCACGCCCAUGCCUCCAGGACUACCGUUCUCACAUGACUUCCACCAGUAUGGAUGGGAGUGUGCAUAGCUCCCACCUCGACAGCCCUCAUGCUGUGCAACACCUUGAAGGCUCGCCACUGGUUUCCAACAGCCCACACCCAGAUCUCCAGCUUCCCUGUCCCAGCCCUCACUUGGAUAAGCAGGUAGCUUCCUGCCAGAGCUUGCAACGCCAGACCUCCUGCCACAGUGUACAAGACUCAUUGACUUCCUGCCACAGCCACGCACACAACAUGCAUGACAGCAUUACUUCCUGUCAUAGCCUCCUCCAGCCUUCUCACGGGGUCCACACCUGCCAGUGGCACAUGUAUAGCUCAGCUGGGCACUCUUCCACUACAAGCUGCUGUGAGAAACCCGAUCCCUUCAGCUUGCAAUAUCAGCAAGAUCCCGACACAUACAACUGCAUGUCAAAGGCAACAGACAAAAAAAAGGAUAAUCUCUGCAUAGAGGAUGAGCAGAAAGGUUUCCCAAGAAAUACUCUGCCUCGGCAGCAUGGCACUGUCAGCCGGCGAGGUACCAUCGGCCGAAACAGGAGCCUGCAGGAAGAUGGCCUGUUCGGCUCAGAUGCCAUAGGAAACAUAAGGACUGGCCCUUGGAAAAAUGAAACAACAGUAUAGUUUUCUUAUACUUGUACUUUCAGCAUCCCUGUAACUGUAACACCUACUCUGUGUUGGGGUCUUAAUGCCUUCAGCUUUGCCAUUAAACCACAGGUUGAGGCCUCGUAUCUCAAAGAU